CGAUAGUGCCCAUCACUAGUACGACGUACUCAAUGAUUUUGUGAAGUUGUACUAAUGAUUUGUUGUUUAUAGUUGCCUUUGUUGAAAUACAUUCAUUUUCGACGGUUUCUUUAUCACAUAAGUAUAACAUUGAAAAAAGUGUCAUAUCGCAAUAUAUAUGAUAUAUGAUCUCCGACUUUCGGUAAGCAAUAAUUUUUUAAACGAAUUUUAAACUAUAAUAAAGCUUCGAAAGUUAUAUUUUGACUUACAAUAAAGUAUGGUGCUGCUUUAAGUAAUGUAGAAAACAUGAAUACGGGCAUGUGAAAAUUGUUGAUUACGGCUAUAAGUAACUGACUUCGUCAAAUAAAUUACGAACCCAUAUUUCAAUUCUACAAAUGGAGGAAACUCAAACAAGGAGUGAAACAAUAAAGGAAAUGAAUAAUACAACUGAGACUAAUUUACCUGCAGUAGUGGCAAGUUUAGAAAUGCUCACAAUGAAAGAUGUUUCUAAUGAAGUCCUUAAUAGGAGAUGUAGUUUGAGACCAAGAAAAAGGCCAUGUUCAGAGAAGAAAAUCCAUAAUAAUAGAAAGGAAAUGGAAGAAGUAGAAACACGUGGUAUUAAGGAAAUAUAUACAAGUAGAAGUGUAAAAAGAAAGUUAAAUAGCUUAGAAACUAUUUAUGAAGAAAAAGAUGAUGCAAAUGAGGGCAUUAUAUAUAUGAGUGCAAAGAGAUACAAGCGUAUGAUACAAUUUCAAGAAAAGCCAACUGAUUCUAAAAUAAAGAAGAGAAGAGCUAAAAUUAAGAGAGUAUUUGGAUCAAAGAUUAGUUUUAGACGAAAAUGUACAUCUAUGCAAGUAUUACUCGAAAAAUUGAAUGGUAUUAGAGCAGAAGCAUCUUCAAAAAUUGAAAAUGAGACAAAAUGAAGCAAUA